AUGUCUUCGUUGCCUUCAAACGUCCAUGUCUCCCAGCACCCGUGUCUACGGGCAAAGCUGAGCCAGCUUCGCUCAAAGACCAACAGUCCUAGAGACGUUAAAUCACUGAUUCAUGAGAUUUCUCUGAUUGUCUCUUGUGAAGCUCUUGCUUCGUCUCUGGAAGCUACGGAAGGAACUCAGGAUGAGACGCCUUUAGGCUUCCAGUUCACUUCCACAACAGUCCAACCAAGUACCAUGUGUCUGGUUCCCAUUCUGCGAUCAGGCCUUGGAAUGGUAGACGCCGUGCAAACCAUGCUCCCUAUCCCAGUUCCAGUUCAUCACCUGGGCAUGUACCGUGAGCCUUCAACUCUCGACCCAGUCGAGUACUACAACAACCUUCCCCAGCAAAUCCCGGGUGACUCCUCCAGUAGCAGUGCUAGUAGUCUUGCUAUCUUGGUCGAUCCUGUUAUUGCAACCGGUGGAACCUGCGCCGCCGCUAUCCAGACGCUUCGUGAAUGGGGUGCAAAGAGAAUCAUCGUCCUCGCUGUUAUUGGAGCUGACGAGGGUGUUCAGAGAGUCGCUGCCGAGUGGCCCGAGGGAUGCGAGAUUUGGAUUGCAGCAGUGGACAAGGAGUUGACCAAGGAUGGUAUGCUGAAGCCUGGUCUGGGAGAUGUUGGUGAUAGGCUGUUCUUGACUAUCGGCAAAUGA